UUGCGCUACAAACUAGUCACUACUCGCUUCCUGAAAAUGGCCAGCUGGGGAAAGUUCGCCGCCGUCUUGAGGAAUGUUUUGAGGAGCUCUCGCUCCGUGAAAAGUUUUGCCGUGCGUCGUGCUGUGGGCCCUGGCAUUUUAGGCUCUAUUAUCGGCACUGGGGCUAUCUUAUAUUAUCAAUAUCAUGCAGGCAGCAAGACUUUGCCCUUCGCAGUUCACGCAGAGGAAGAAAAACAGGAGGCUGCAGCUCCUGUGCUGUCCGCCAGAAGGAUCCGCUUCAUCCAGUUUGCCUCAGUGGUGUAUGAAGAGGAGCCCUACAUGACCCCGAGGGAUUUUCUGUUCUCAGUGAUGCUGGAGAAAGUGGAUCGAAAGCUACAGAAAAGAAUUCUCACGGCUCAGGAGGUGGACGGUAUGCUGACAGCUGCCCAUAAAGCCCGGCCCGGUGCGGAGCUGUUCCGAAACUUAGGGGACAAUGGUUUGAUAUCCUACACAGAAUAUCUGUUCCUGCUGACCAUCCUGACCAAGCCGCGCACCGGGUUUCACAUCGCCUUCAAAAUGCUGGACGUGGACGGCAACGAGCACGUGGACAAUAAGGAGUUUCUUAAGCUCCGAUUCGAUGACAGUGAACAGCGAGCAUAUCUGAUUGGACGAUUACAGGCGCCUGCAGAGGAGGAAGCCUGCGUGAACACCACACUGCAGGCCUACUUCUUUGGGAGGAAAGGAGACGACAAGUUGCAGUACAAGGAGUUCCACAGCCCUUUGCAGGCGCUUGUCGGCACACGUUUCCUGAACACAAAGCCAGGCAGCCUCGCCCUGCUGGCAUUUCCUGGUCUGCCGUUACAGAGGAAAGGUCAGCGCCUCACCACAGAGUGGCGCUCUGCAGGGGCACGUCUCCACAUGGCACAGCAGCGUCCCACAGCUCAGUCUGCUCUCAGCAAACGGGCCUCUUCACUCAAGUUCAUGGAGGACUUGCAGGCUGAGGUCCAGGAGAUGGAGUUCCUGCAGUUCUCCAAAGGGAUGGACACCAUGAGAAGGGAAGACUUCGCCGAGUGGCUGCUGCACUACACCAACGAGGAAGACAACGAAGUCUAUUGGGAAAACAUGAGGAAGAAGAUCCCAGCUGGGCAGAGCAUCACGUUCGACGAGUUCAAAGCUUUCUGCCUGUUCACCAACAACCUGGAGGACUUCGCCUUCUCCAUGAAGAUGGUCACCGAGGCCAACCGCCCUGUGGGAAUGGCCCAGUUCAGGCGGGCCGUGAAGAUCGCCACCGGCCACGAGCUGUCCGAGAGCGUGCUGGACACCGUCUUCAAGCUCUUCGACAUGGACGGGGACAACUGCCUGAGCCACAAGGAGUUCAUGGGAGUGAUGACGGACCGCGUGCUGCGCGGCCUGAAGGUGCAGCCCCACCGCAGCAUCGGCGGCUACUGGAAGUGUGUGAAGAGGGAGACGCUGAAGGGGGCUCAGGAGGCCCUGGGACAAAACGGCUGCCCCAUCUGA